AUGCGUCUUGCAGUGCACGAUGUGACUGCAAUUCUGCAGGUGCGCGUCCACAUCGACGGCUCUCAAUUCGACAGCUCACUAAUGACACAACCUGAAUUCCUGUUGGCCACACGCGUGGUUUUCCGCAGUGUCCGACAUGGAGGAACUCAAUUACAGGCUUCAUGGAGAGUCUUCCGUAGUUUCCACGAGUUCCAGGGUCUCGAUGCACAACUACGACAUGCAUUUCCUCAGGAUAUGAAGCUACUGGCACCACCUCCGCCCCAUCGGAGACGAACAUGGCUACGUCGACAUCGCAGUGCCAAGUUUCUCGCUAAACGCUGUGCCGAACUUAACGACUAUUUGGAGCGAUUACUGAGCAGUUCACACUUGAGACUCACGAGGUUCUUGGACCCCCGAGCGCCGCUGGUGUUGCGAUGCUUUUGCAACUUUGAUGUGGGUUUAAUCACAGCCGAGACGACGGUACUACCCAACCAGUUCGAGAGUUGCGUCUUGUGUCUGGACUACAGAGAUCGAGACGAAGACGCCAAAGGAAGAAUGAACGGUACAAUGGGGACAGUGGACAGCAGUGAUGACGACGCCAAACUGGACGAGCUCCAAGCCAACCUCAUGGACGACAAGUCCCGGAACAUGGCCAUGUGCACUAAGUACGAGUGUGCCUGCCGAGUGUCGCCCUUCCGAGUCACACACAACAAAAUGAUGCGCAUGUUGCGUCUUCGCGGCUUCAAACAAACGUACGCACCCCCGGAAGGCGCACUCACUGCGCUGUAUUGUGUGCUGUAUAAAUUGCAGCAGCUUAACGACUUGGACAAGCGAUUGUACGAUGCACUCACGGGGUUCCCAGUGAAGACAACACAGCCGAAUGGAACGUCGGAACGGGAAGCUACAGAUGCUCUUGCAAAUGACCAUCUACAGCUGUCUGUAGGUGUGGAGCUGCUACGUCAAACGUUGGCGAACUUCGGACUGCUUCAUGUGCACACACUGGAACGACAUUUCCGAACUUCUGCUGUGGAUCUGAAGAAGAGACUUCACGAGUUUAAAUCUCGACGACAACUACGUGUGGGCGCACUGGAGCUCGUGCUGCUGGCUACGAUGCUGGAUCUGUCCAUCUUUCUGGUUACGAAUGAUCACGAGGGGUCGGAGCAGAAUAUUCUGCCACUUGCUGGUCUCCGGUCGAUUCGCAAAGGUGGUCGGGUUAGUAUGACGUUUGGCUACAUUCUCCCUACCCUCGUGUGUGUCAAUGGGUUUUAUCUGUUGGCUGAACGAGAACGUCUCGUACCGGGCAUAAUGCCAGACGUGGAAAGCGAAGAGGAGAUGGUGAUGACAGAGCGACAACGGAGACGAAUGUGGCAAGGAGUCGACGAGAUGGAUCGGCGCUUUAUGGCGGAGAUCGAGCGAACGCUUUCCAGUGGAGCGGACGCCUUGGCCUUAGCGUUUGACUUUGACGUGGCAGACUCCCUCAAUUCAGCCAUCUUAGAUGCAGUCUGGGACGAUUGCCAACACAAUCCCAACCUGUUCUACCUCUUCCAGCGACAAGCUCGUCAGUUCGGCAAGGGACGAACUACAGCUCGCUUUUUCAUGCAGUAUCUGGAGGUGGCUUUCGGACUCGAAGGUGCUACGUAUCUCGUGGACUUUUUGCUUCAUGUUUUGCCUGAAGAAGAACUCCGCAAACAGCUACUCCAUGCUCGGUGGAUGCGUUUGCAUCGUCAACUUGCAAAGCGCGCAUUGCCGUGA